CUAGAAAUCAGCAUACAAAAAAUAGUGUGGCAUAUUUAGAACUUGCACUUUUUUUCUAACCGAUCCAAUGCAUGAGACAAGUAGACCGUUGAGCCUUAGAGAUACACUUUUACUUAGUUUAUCACAAUAUGAUUUUUUUAAUUAGCAUCCUACACUGGUACUCCAUCCAAGCACCUAGAAAAAAACAUUUGACUUGGAAUAAUCACACUGAUUGGUGUGUAAAUUUUUUAAUGAAUUAUGCAACUAUAGUUAUGUAUUCACUUCUAUGAGGAAAAAAAUAACAAUAAUUUACUUUACUUUCUUGCUCAGCAAAUAUCAUUAGGAAAUAGAAAGGUAAAGGAGCAAAUAAACAAUGUCCAGUGAUUCUUCCUAGUGUGGAAUGAGUAAAGAAUCAAGCUAUACUUGUUGCACUCAUCUCUUUUCCUUUCUUGAUGUAAUGAGUUCUUUGUUCAUCAAUAAAAGUUUUAUUUUGCCAAUCUAAAAAAAAAAAAAAAAGGACCUAAAACAGUUAAAUAUUGUUUUAGUUUGUGAGAAAUUGAUUUUAGGUUUUUAUACUUAUAAUUGGUCUGUUAUAAUUUGUAGAAUCUAUAAUAAUUUAUAUUUUAAUUUAAACAGUGGCUAAUUACAAUUUGGUUGGGUGUAAAUGUCUAGCAUUGGUCUAUACUGUUUGGGUGCUUAACUGGCACUUAUUGAAACACUUUGUAUUACAUAUAUUUUGUAAGUUAACAUGAUUGAAUAGAACAUAAGAUAGCAUGGGUGUUACUGUCAUUCAAUGCCUUUUGUUAUUGUGAUACAUUCUUUCCUAUAAUCAAAUAAAUGUUGUGACUUUUUUAUUCAUAUACUCGUGCUUAUAUUGACUAUAAAAUUAUUAUCCAAUUUAUUGCUAUUAUUCUAUAUUCUUAAUUUUCUGUCCAGGUAUAUAUUCUUCUAUUGUUUAUUGUCAUUCUUAUGAUAAUAUGUGCACUAAUAUUAUGUUCAUUAUUCUGUAUCAUUUAUUUCACUUCUAAGCAUUGCUGGACACCUUGCACAAAUGAAACAAAUUAAGGUAAUAAGAGUUGCUAUUUUCUCUUUUAUGUUAACUUCAAAUUGCCAAUAUGUGGUUCAUUUGCACAUAAGCUUGUAUUUGACAAACUUGGCUUUAAAGGGGGCUCUAUUUGGUCAUUCAUCCUUGGCAUUUAAGGAUGUUCUGAAUAGUUCAUGAGUGGUGCUGACACAUACAUAUAAUAAUUAUAGUACAUACCAAGGAUCAAUGAUGAUUUAAUAUAACUAAGGGAUGAUUAAGGGAGUUGGAUUAUACCAAUUUUCCAUAUGUGUUUAUAUUCACUAUUAUAUGCCUAAAUCACUGUAUAGAGUAGCAAUUGGGAUUGCCAUAACCACCUUGACUUUUAUGUUUUUUUUUUUUUUUUUUUUUUUUUUUUUUUUUUUUUAAAGGCUUUAGUUAUCUAUCAUGUAUGCUAAUGAGUGCAAUUGUGUUUUUCAGUUUAUUAUCGAUCAUCUAUACAGAGGGUUGAGUGAUGAGAGCAUAUAUGGAGUGUUAUAAUACUAAUGUUGGUUGUUACUGUACAGGAUUAGCUGGAUGUGAGAUUAGAGAGUUCUCCAAAUUGUGGGUUGAGUGUUGUGAGACCAUAAACAUUGCCAUUUUUCAGGUCCUGCGAUGCUUAAUGGUGAUGGAGGAAAUAGAAGACAAGGAGACCAGGCUGCAAACUGCACCAAUCUUCUAUAUGCUGCUUGUACUGAGCUGUUCUGCUGGUAUGGCUGCUAGGCUAUUUGUUGAGCAGCUUUGCUACUGUACUGCUCUGUCACCAAGUGUUCCUGCUGCAGCUUUCUGUGCUGCUGAAAUACGUGAUUUUGGAUGCUACAGUUGGCUGCUACAACUUCUGCUACAGCCCAUAUGGAUGCCUCUAUUUGGAUUGUUGCAGAAUUUGGGUAAGACAAACUGCUGUUUUGGGGUGUGGUCCUUAUUUUAUUUUAAUUUUCUUUGUUUUUCUGUUUGUGUGGUCUUCUCCUGUACAGGGUCCCUUUUACCAUAUAAGUGUAUUCUACACCACUAUGCAUCUGUGCCAAUUAGUGGAAUGAGUUGGAUGGCAUGGUUACAUUUAGAUAGUAGGGUUCACGUUCUUAUGUGGUGUUUUAUGAUUGGAUAGCAGGACCACAUAUGAACGAUGACGUGAUAUCAUUGUUGCAUUGAAGUUUUACUCAGUAGCCACAUCAUUCUUUAUAUGGACAAAAAAGCUACAGAGCCAUAAUAAGUAGUCCGAAAAAUGGCUAGUGUGUGGAUCAGCUUCACUUUAGAUGUGACUCACAUCACGUUAAAUUUGAAUCUUCAAUACUCACUUCUAUUUUUGUGAAUUCUGUAUGGCAUCGCAUUGCAUUGCAUAUUGGAACUUAGUGAAAGAUGCUAAUAUCCUCUUUAUUACUGG